GAAGAACUAAGCGCCUGCAGAGAAAAGCAAUUCAGUUCAAGGUUUAUAUAAAUUAUGCUAUUCAAUAUCAACAGUCAACAUAUCUUUUGCUUACUCUCUUGCAAUGGCUAUGCUCAGUUCUUGCAUAGGUUAUUUCUUUUUCUACGUAAUAUUUCUAUGUUCAAUCUUUUUGAGGACAUCUGCUAGUACUGCUACUAGUGCCUUGUUCAUCUUUGGUGAUUCCUCUGUUGAUGCUGGGAACAAUAAUUACAUCAAUACCAUCCCUGAAAACAGAGCAGAUAUAAAACCUUACGGUCAAAAUGGCUUCUUUAAAGCACCCACCGGUCGUUUUUCCGAUGGCCGUGUCAUUGUAGAUUAUAUCGCUCAAUAUGCAAAAUUGCCAUUAAUUCCUCCUUUUCUGCAACCGUCUGCUGACUAUUCAUAUGGUGCCAACUUUGCCUCCGGCGGAGGUGGUGUUCUACCUGAGACGAAUCAAGGGUUGGUAAUCGAUCUACCAACACAGCUGAAAAAUUUUGAAGAGGUGCAAAAAUCGUUGAGAGAAAAGCUAGGAGAAGCAAAAGCGAGAGAAAUAAUUGCAGAAGCAGUUUAUUUCAUUAGCAUAGGAAGUAAAGAUUAUUUAGGUGGUUAUUUGGGAAAUCCAAAAAUGCAAGAAAUUUAUAUCCCUGAAGUGUACGUUGGAAUGGUAAUCGGAAAUUUGACCAAUGCAAUUCAGGCAUUGUAUGAGAAAGGGGCUAGAAAAUUUGCAUUUCUAAGCCUGUGUCCUUUAGGUUGCCUUCCAAUUAUGAGAGCAAUAAACCCUACAGCCAGUGAAGAUGGCUGCUUUGAGGCGGCUUCUUCUCUAGCAUUGGCUCAUAACAAUGCUUUGAAAGCUGUUCUUAUUAGCCUUGAGCAUCUACUCAAAGGGUUCAAGUACUCUAGCUCCAAUUUCUAUAACUGGCUUAGUGACAGGAUCCAAAGUCCAUCCAAAUAUGGUUUCAAAGACGGAGUGAGUGCAUGCUGUGGAAACGGACCCUAUGGAGGCAUAUUCACCUGCGGAGGGAACAAGAAGGACGUCGGUCAUUUCAAUCUAUGUGACGAUGCUAAUGAACACGUUUGGUGGGAUUCUUUCCAUCCAACAGAGAGGAUCCAUGAACAGUUUGCGCAAACUCUAUGGAAUGGACCCCCGUUUUAUGUGGGACCUUGUAAUCUGGAAGAUCUGUUCUUCAACGGUGAAAAACUCACCAUUGCUGAUAUAGUUGAUGCUCCUGAUGGAGAUAACUUCCAGUAAGAAAACGAUUUCAGAUGAUAAGAAAGUUCAUGUUUUGCGUGAAUCUUUCUUGUAUUUUUAUGUUGAGAAUAAUAAUUUUAGAAUAAAAUACAGUCUCUUAAUUAAAAAAAAAAAAGGCUGUAUUUCUUGCGUGAUCAUAUCCACCACAAGAUCAGUUAGAAUUUGAAUCUAAAACCCCCACGUCUUUGAAUACACUGAACAUAUAUAAGUGUUUCUCAAAAAUG